AUGGAGAUUCAAUUAUUACAAGAACCCGCUCGAGCCAAUGCUGCCGAAGAUCCCCUGGCUGCAGAAAUAGCGACUCGAGCUUCCUUGGAAGAACGACUUCAGUCCCUGCAAUAUCGCUACGAAGUAUUAUUGCGCGAUACACUGCCGCCACAUUCUACCAACACAUCACGUAUGGACCGUGAUCAACACUCACCUAUUAAUUCUAAAAACCUUUCGAUUAAUCCGUCUCAUGAAGAAGCUCAAUUGCCACUUCCGACCUAUAAUUUUGUGCCACUGCGCACCCAACGGUCGCCAGCACCGACACACCACCGCAAGAUUAAGGUUCAUCUCCAGGACUAUAUCUAUCUUAAAAUUUAG